GGGGACCGGCAGCCCGUGCCUGCGGCGCUUGUUGGGAGGCGGCGGCGACUGCUUCGCUGUCCGGCGAGGAGAAAGAGGGGCCUGCUGCGGGACAGCUGGGAGAGGCCGGGGCUCGGUCCCACGCGGGGCCAUGAACCUGGGGGAUGGAUUAAAGCUUGAAACAGAAUUAUUGGAUGGGAAAACAAAGCUAAUAUUGGCUUCAUAUGAACGUAAACCAAAAACUGCCACAAAGAUGGUAAAUAAGACCAAGAUUCCAAAACAGCCUUUGAGAACUCCACAGACUGGACAUAUUCUUAAAUCCACACAAAAUACUGAUGGCAGGAAUGAAAGCCUUUUACAGAAAAAUAGAACUGCUUCCGAAGCUUCACUGGCAAAAGGUGAUAUAUUGAGUUUCUCAAAGGAAGACACAGAUAAUGACCACCUUUCUGCGCAGAGAAACGCUCCAGCUCAAACCCCUGACUCAUGGAGGACUAAAAAUUACAAACAGUCUGCAGUAUUGAAACAAAAACCUCAGAAAAAACACCUCACAGUUGAAGAUCUACGGAAUAGUUUGGUUUGUCUAACAGAGGAACAGCUCCAACAGAUUUUGAUGGCCGUCAGCCAAGGAAAUAGGCCUAUUUCACAGAUUGAGAAUGGAAAGAAAGAAGAAAAAUGUCAAAAUAACUUACAUUUUAACAAUUUUCCUGAGGAGUCAAAAGACAAGAACAUUAUGGGAUUACUUCAAAAAGCUGAAAAUGUUUCACCUAUCCCAGAUGAAAAUCACUCUAUUUUAAACAAAAAACAGAAGACAUCUAAGCAGUGUGAGCAGAAAAUUGCCAUAAAAUCUGUAUGGAAACCAGCUGAUAUGUUCAGUACUCUGGGGGAGAGAGAGAGAGAAAAAAGUUUGUUGGAAGCAAAGAAAUUCCAGUGGAGGAAGGAGCUAGAUGAACAGGUUGCUUUAAAGAAGAAAGAAAAAGAAGCUUUGGAAGAACAGAAGAAAUGCCCCUGGGACCAAUCUGGGGAUGCUAAACUGCUUUGGGACAAUUUUCAGGCAGUUAAUGGAUCCCAGAUGACGUCUCCAGUUGAAUUUAACUCUGCUGCUGAGGACACCCAGGGUUUAAGGAAUGUUUCAAGGGGAGAAUCAAGUGAGGCUGUCCCUGAUACUUGCUAUGGACCCCGUGGGAAGCCCUCCACCUUUAGUUCUCCAGAUUUGCCAGCAGCCAUUCGGACAGCCUUUGUUUUGGGGGAGGCCACACCACUAGAGCAUCCUUUCAGUGCUGUGAAAAAAGAGCAGCAGAAGAAAUGGAUUGAAGAACUGAACAAACAAAAGGAAGAAGACAAGCAGCGAAAACUUCAGGAAAAAAUGAUCUCUUCAAAGGGUGAAGAACAUGACAGAUGGGCCAUGCAUUUUGAUUCCUUAAAACACUAUCCCAAUUCUCAGUCUCAACUCUCCUCUCGUGCAACCCAGAAACAACCCGACUACUUCUGUCUGUCCCCGGACACUCAGGAAAUGACUGAUGUUAGCAGUCCUUAUACACCUUUAUCUGGAAGCCAACUUGGGCCUACAGAGGAGGAGGAGAACUUGGGGAAACCUAUUCAGGAUACAGCUACCACAAACAUUGAGAAAACCAAUUUCCUGCGCUCUAUGACUGCCCUCCUGGAUCCUGCUCAAAUUGAGGAAAGAGAUAGACGAAGACAAAAACAGUUAGAACAUCAGAAGGCCAUCACUGCCCAGGUGGAGGAGAAGCGAAGGAAGAAGCAGCUGGAGGAGCAGCAGAGGAGACAGGAGGAAGAGGAGGAGGAGCGUCGCCUGGCAAGGGAACGAGAAGAGAUGCAGAGGCGAUUUGAGGAAGACUUGCUUCAGCAGAAGCGCAAGGAGGAAAUGAUGACUCUUAAGACAAAUGAGCUGUAUCAGACCAUGCAAAAAGCACAGGAGUUGGCGCAGAGACUGAAGCAAGAGCAGCGCAUCCGAGAGCUGGAGCAGAAAGGCCAUGACAUCUCAAACCUGCUGCGCAAUCUUGGCAGCGAUGCGGGGCCGAUGGAACAGAGCCUGGGCACCAGCAGCCUUUCACCUGCAAGACAAGACUUCUCCGACCAAGUGAGUGCUAAGGUCAGUCAAGGAAUCAACACCAUGGCAUCUCCUCGAAAGGAUACUGCUGUACAGACAGAUGAUUUGCACGCAGGAAGAGCCAGUAGUGCAGAAACACAUGCUCAACCCAUGACUGAGGGCAUGCUCGUAGACCUUCUCUGUCCUGAGAUUUCAGUAGAAUUGGACAGACAAUUUAACAGCAAGAAAAGUAAGAAAGAGGCACUGCCUGAAGACAAGAAAGCCCCCCCAGAGAAAGAAAACAGCCGCCAUAAUGACCUGUAUGACCAGUUUGCAAGAACUAAGAAACAAACAAAACACAAAGGAAAAUGUGCAAAGAGGCCUGACUGGAACAUAAACAAGCCAGCCCAAAGGUACGUCCCUGCCUCAGAAAGGUACCCUAAACACCUGCAGAGGCAGCGGGAAGAAAAAAGGGUAAGGAGACAGAUGGAACUGCUUCAGCUGCUAGAAAGAAACACUCCUGGCCACCUCUCAGGGCCCAGAGACAAGUCUCCUGAAGGCACCGAUUCCAGAGCCGAGGGGCCCCAUGGACACAAGGAAGAAGAAUUGAAAAAAACCAACUGCAGCAAAGAAAGAUCUGAAUCACCUCCUGUUCCAGCAGUAAAGAACCGAUUACAACAAACACAGCUAAAACAGACCAGCACAGCACAUCCCCCUGAACCUCCUCAUUUCAUCCCUUAUGUCCGAACCAACGAAAUCUACUGUCUGGAUCCAGAUGGGUCGUCGUCUGGACCUUCAGCCUAUGAUCCACAGAAUCCCUAUUUAAAUGAUUCUGCCUACCGAGAACAGGUAAUUGGCUCUGACAGCAUGAGAGAUCCACUUCUCAAUCCCAACUUGGUGAAAAACAGAGACAGACAGCAAGCAAUCCUUAAGGGACUCUCAGACCUGCGACAGGGCCUUCUCCAGAAGCAGAAAGAGCUGGAAACUCAUCUCAUUCCCUUAGCUUCAACUCAAGAGGACUUUGAUUCUCCAUUCUAACAUACAGAAGUGAGAAUGCAUCAAGCCAAACUAUUUAUACUGGAUUAUUAUUAGUUCUCAUUACUGGCUUUACAUUACUGGCAUUACACUCAUUAAAUUAUAAAAUAACGUAUUGAUUCAGCGGCCAUGUUUCUGCGCUUGAAAUUCUUCAGGUUACUUUAUUGAAAAAUGAUCUAUUAAAAACUUUGUAGAAUGUAAAUAUAUUUUUUCAAAGAAUAAAAUGGUAAAUGUUUUUU